AUGCUGAAGGCUGGCCAGGAGGCCCUGGUGGCUCUCAUCUCUGCCCCAGCGCAGCGCGGGCAGGGCUGCGGCCUCCCGAGGACCGGGCGCAGCGACAUGGAGCCCCCCGCCUCCUUUCCGGGCUUCCCGGCCCUGCCCUCGGUCGCGCCGUCGGGGCCGCCGCCGUCGCCGCUCGCCGGAGCCGAGCCCGGGCCGGAGCCCGAAGAGGCGGCCGCGGGCCGCGGGGAGCCGGAGCCCGCACCCGGCCCGGGGCGGCGGCGGCGGCGGCCCCUGCAGCGCGGGAAGCCGCCCUACUCGUACAUCGCGCUCAUCGCCAUGGCGCUGGCGCACGCCCCGGGCCGCCGCCUCCCGCUGGCCGCCAUCUACCGCUUCAUCACCGAGCGCUUCGCCUUCUACCGCGACAGCCCGCGCAAGUGGCAGAACAGCAUCCGCCACAACCUCACGCUCAACGACUGCUUCGUCAAGGUGCCCCGCGAGCCGGGCAACCCCGGCAAAGGCAACUACUGGACGCUGGACCCGGCGGCCGCCCACAUGUUCGACAACGGCAGCUUCCUGCGGCGCCGCAAGCGCUUCAAGCGCGCGGAGCUGCCCGCGCCCCCGCCGCCCGCGCCCGCCGCCCCGCCGGGCCCCUACGCGCCCUUCCCGCCCGGCCCCGGGCCCGCGCCCGCGCCGCCCGCGCGCCUCUUCGGCGUGGACAGCCUGGGGGGCCUGCCGCCCGAGCUGGCGGGGCUGGGCGCCCCGGAGCCGCCCUGCUGCGCCGCGCCCGACGCCGCCUUCCCGCCCUGCGCCGCCGCCUUCCCGCCGCUCUACGCGCCAGCGCCCGACCGCCCGGGGCUGCCCCCGCGCCCCGCCGAGCCGCUGCUGGCCUUGGCCGGGCCGCCGGGAGCGCUGGGCCCGCUCGGCCCGCUCGGCCAGCUGGGCCCGGGGGAGGCCUACCUGAGGCAGCCGGGCUACUUGCCGGGACUGGAGCGCUACCUGUGA